UCGGUUCAAAGAAAGGCAUUCCAGUUUACACGGCGAAUCGAUUGCAGCGUUGGGCACUGCAACUUCUCCUCUACGACUUUGAGAUCGUCUACAUCAGUACCGAUAAGUUCGGGAACGCCGACAUCCUGUCGCGGCUGAUCAACCAGCACGUCAAGCCGGAGGAAGACUUCGUCGUAGCCAGCGUCAUCACGGAGAAUGAUGUAAGAUCCAUCGUUUUAGAUGCAGUUGAAGCACUUCCUCUCCAUUUCAGGGCGAUUCAGCAAGCCACCCGUUCCGACCCAGUACUUAACAAGGUCUACCGCUUCAUUCAGCAUGGCUGGCCGCAAUCAAAGAAAGCCAUCACAGACCAAAAGGUUCAGCGGUUCUUCGACCUUUGCGACUCGUUAUCAACGGUUCAAGGGUGCAUCAUGUUUGCUGAACGCCUUGUCAUUCCAGCGGAAUUCCGGAUGCGUUGCCUCCACCAUCUUCAUCGUGGCCAUCCGGGGAUCCAGCGCAUGAAGGCGAUUGCGCGAAGCUAUGUUUACUGGCCGUCGAUUGAUGCGGACAUCGCUGCGCACGUCAAAGCAUGCAACAGUUGCGCAGCUGCAGCCAAAAGUCCGCCCAAAUCAGCGCCGCUGUCGUGGCCCAAAUCAACGCACCCAUGGCAGCGUGUUCACAUCGACUACGCUGGCCCGAUCGAGGGUGAAUACUUCUUGCUGGGCAUCGACUCGCAUUCCAAGUGGGUGGAAAUCGUCCGAACCAAAUCGAUCACUACCUCAGCUACCAUCUGUAUCCUGCGGAGUCUCUUCGCUCGCCUUGGCAUGCCCGAGACGCUAGUUAGUGAUAACGGUACGCAAUUUACCAGUGCCGAGUUCGCUCAGUUUUGUUUGGAGAACGGUGUCAAUCACGUGACCACAGCGCCGUUUCAUCCGCAAUCCAACGGGCAGGCAGAACGCUUCGUGGACACCUUCAAGCGAGCAAUUAAAAAAAUCCGUGAGGGGAAAGGAGCCAUCCAAGAGGCACUGGACACUUUCUUGAUGACCUACCGUUCCACACCCAAUCCUUCAGCUCCACAAGGUAAAUCUCCGUCCGAAGUUAUAUUUGGGCGCAGAAUACGGACCAGCCUGGACCUACUUCGUCCGCCAACCGUUCCGGAAGUGAACGACCACUCAGGAUCAAGGUCAUUUAAAAAAGGUGAUCCAGUCUACGCCAAGGUGCACACCAACAAUUCCUGGAGAUGGGCACCUGCGGUAGUCUUGGAGCGAAUUGGAAACGUAAUGUUUAACGUGUGGGUGGAAGACAGGCGUAUGCUUCGGUCGCACAUCAACCAGCUACGUAACCGAACCAGCGCCGGCAGAGUGGCAACAUCCGGGACGACCCCGUCCAGGACAAGCAAUCAACAAUUGCCGCUGGACAUCCUUUUGCAAGCCUGGAAUCUGCACCAACCAAGUCAGCCUCAACCAUCAUGUCCUUCUGCACUUCCAACACCAUCUGUACCAGUGGCACAGAUGCCAUCAUCGCUUGCUGCACCUUUCGAUCAAUCGACACCAUUGCAAGCCACGUCAGUUCAACCGAGCGAAGUCACCGGAUUUCGUGAACCGUCGACGUCAACGUCCAGAUUCACAUCGCCCUUCGAAUCAAGUUCUGUACCGUCAAGUACAACCGAAACAGCUGUCCAGGUACCUCGCCGCUCUUUGCGCAAUCGAAGACCGCCGAUAAGGUUUGACCCGUUCCAGCUGUAUUAGAAGGGGAGAUGUUGGGAACCACUGAACCACCAACAACACUACCAUCACCAACACUGCUUGCUCACUGGUAGCAGCUCGUCUGCUACCCGUUGAUGCGCGAUAGCAAGAACAACAACAAUACUCUGCCAUUAUGUUUUGUUAUGUAUUCAGUCCGCACGCUUCUUGCGAAUGUUUCUUUAUGUUUUAGUUCGUCUUCUAAUAAAGUUUUUUAAUAUGUUUAUUUUGUAUGUGCGCGUUUAACUUAUGUGCAACGAUGCACUCGAACACCCCGUCGGCGCGUACAUAACAAUAAGUGAGAAAGGAGAAGUCAGAAGUGAGAUGUAAGAAGUUAUGAAGUGAGAAGGGAAAAGUGAAAAGUAAAACUGAGAAGUGAGAAAUGAGAACUUCGGUUACCCGGUUUGAACAUAUUUAAAUCGAAAAUCAUGCGCACGGUCUCUAAAGGGCCUGUAUGGUCACCUUCUUCUUCUUCUGUACAUGGCCUCUGAGGGCCUGUAUGGGCUGUUAUUGGCUUGAUAUCGAGCCAAGUUGUCUUGGUAGACCAAUUCAUCUGAACUCCACAAUGAUUUGGAGAACUUAGAACAUUCUGUUUGGACAUGUCUCCAAUAUAUGAACCCCAUGGGUUGUUAUUUACUUUGUUUUAAGCCCAGUUGAUUUGGUAGACCAUUUGGUUAGAACUUCAGAACGAUUUGGAGAACUUAGAACAUCUGAUGUGGAAAUAUCUAGAUCGUAAAUAAUGCACAUAGCCUCUAAGGGCCUAUGUGCCCAGCAUAAGUUGCUAUUGGUUUCGUACCAAGCGUAGUUGAACUGAUAGGCUCUGAAAUCUAAAAUGGUUUGGGAAACCUAGAACAUCUGAAGAAAUAUUGUCUGCAAUGAUGAUUCAUCAUCUCUGAAAUAGUAUUGGGUACAUUUAUAAGAAAACCAGCAAUAAAAUCGUUCAUAAGCGAUAUUCGCGUGCUAUUUUCGUCCUUAUAAAAGUGGCCAACUGACAAUCUUUCCUUCGAGGAUUCUGAACAAUAUGAGGUCAGUUUCGGAAAAUUUAUAAGCUGAUGAUUAUUUUGGGUAUAUAAACCUUCCGGUUUUCCUCCUGCUCAUAGUUCUAAUAAGAUGUGAAGAUAGUCAAGCUCAGAUCAACCCUUGAAGGCGCCCAAUGCAGAUCUCGAUAUCAUAUGCAUUAGAAAAUUACCUUCUUUUA